AUGGCCGAAAUCGCGCCUCAAAUUCUCGCCGUGGCUUCGGCCGUGCGCCUUGCGAUGCAGCCGAACGCCACGCCGGUUGCUUCAGCAGCGACGGCGGCAGCAGCGGUUUCAGCGGCCCUUCCGAGCGGGGACGUCGACGAACAACAACCGCCGGCUCACGCCAGCACCGGCAGCGCGGUGGCGGUGGCGGCCGGUCGGGCGGAUGCAGCAGUGCUGUUGGGGGUGAACGCGAGCGCCGACGUACCCUUGGCUCCCAUCUUUCACGGAGGCGCGUUGCUUGCGGGCGGCGGCGGCGGCGGCGGCGGCAGCAGCCCCCGCGGCGAUGUCGGUGGAGGCGGCGAAUCUGCAGCGGGCGCCCCCGCCGUCGGGAGUGGUGAUGGUGACGGCCUGGGCGGCUGGGACAGCACCGGAGGCGGGAGGAGCGCCGUCAGCGCUGCAGUUCCCCGACAGAUGAGCGCCGAGGUACAAGAGGCGGUAGUGGCGGCAGAGGGCAGAGGUGCGGAGGCGGUCAGCGGAGAGGGAGGAGAAGGCGGAUCUGAGGCAAGGGGCCGGGCAGGCGAGAGGGCCGGUGGGGAUGCCGUGCGAGGAGAAGGCGCAGGCACGGGACUCGAGAGGCUAGGGGGUCGGUAUGGAGCCAUCGACCACCCUCCCACCGGAUGGCGCAACUCUUCUUCUCCGCACGCACACUUGGAAGGGCUCCUGCAGGGCGCCACCGGCGAUGGGUUUCGGGUCAGGGCACUCUCGCGCUCAGCUCCCGCGGUGGCUGAUGCCGUCGACCAGGCGGUGGGUGCGGCCGACCGUUCGGUUUCUCACGCACGCUCCCCGGCGGGUGUAGCAGCAGCAGCAGGAGCAACGGGACCGGUGGACUCGAACAUCGGUCCGAUCCCAGUUCGCUCCAUCUUUGCGGCAGCUCCGGUACCGGAGAGCGGCGACGGUGCAGGCUUUUCUGCCCCCUCUUCCAUUGGAAGCCUCAGCAGCGAGGAAGGGGUCGCCGGCGAUGGGUCCGGUGACGGGGCAGGCAGUGGAUUGGCUGACCCACAAAUAGCAAGCAUCCCCGAGGCGGAAGAGGAUGAAGGAGGCGGUGAUGGGUGGGAGUGGGGCUGGGAGUUGGAUGGAGAUGACGGGGACUGCAGUGCGGCUGUGGGGUUCGGUACGUAG